AUGAAUCUUUUAGAAGCAUCGUUUCCUUAUUUAAGUCUUCAAAAUACUAAAAGAUUUCAAGACAGUAACUGCAACAACCUAGGUGUUAUGUCAGCUUUUUUCAAUAAUCCCUUUGGGAUUCCAACGGACCCCAAGCGUUUGUCAUCAAAUACUACCCCACUUUUCCGUAUUAACUCAACUCUGUACGAAAAUUUAGAUACGAUUUUCAGUUAUAAAUCUUUUGAUGAACAAGAUUUGUUAGAUGCCGCUAUUAAACGUUGGGCUGCUAGAGACCAAAACCACUUAUAUUUUCAAGAAUUACAAUUGAGACCCGGUGCUGGCAAAUUACCUCUGGGUUAUUUAUCUGAAAAACAACAAACCAAACUUCCAGUUGGGAUUAUCACUCCUGGAUUUGGUUUUAAAUAUUUUUACAACACCUUGAAGGGAUCUAACGCUAAAUUAGCUUUUACUAUUGCUGCUUUAGAUUAUGUUGAUGAUAGCAUUGUUAGUGAUUAUGUUACUCCACUAAAAAUUGCUCAAGAGUUAAAUUAUCCGGUAAUUACCCCAAUUAAUCACAAUGAAGUUCAACACACUACUGCUUUGUCCUUGUUUUUAUCUCAGUUCACUUCAACUAUCCACUUGUUUGAUGGUGCUUCGUAUGCUAAAACUGUAUUGAACUCCAAUGAAGAUAGUGUUACAACUUUACCAAACUUGCACAUCCCAGAACACUCUUCUUUUGAUGAUAUUUUAACUAUUUAUAACGAAAACUCCCCAAUUAAAUUACAUAACUUCCAAUAUUUUGGUGUCGAGAACCCAGAAACAGUCUUUGUAACUUAUGGGUCCGUCGAAUCAGAAUUGUUUUCUAAAGCCAUUGACGGUACCCAAAGUAAAGUUGGUCACAUUGCUAUCAGAAUUCCAUUACCAUUUGAUACUGAUAAAUUUGUUGCCUGUUUGCCAUCGACUACCAAAAAUGUCAUUGUUAUUUCUCAAUCUUUGGAUUCAAACUCGUCUCCGUUGAAGGAGACUGUUGCUGCCUCUUUGUUUUUCCAUGGCAGAAGAGGUAUUUCUGUUACUGAAUAUAUAUACAAACCAAACUUUGUUUGGUCUCUACUUGCCAUCCAAGAUGUUAUUGGUUCGUUUGUCACCGAAUUUCAAAUUAAUUAUUCAGACAAAUUUGACGCCUUUACUAUAUGGGCUAACGAUAACAAUGAUGACAGUUUAGAUUUGGGUUCCAAUUUGGUUCACUCUUUAGCCUUUGAUGAUGACAAGCAGGUCACUUUGAGAACUAGGUUUGACAAUAUUAACAAUGCGGGCACUUUCCAAGCACAAAUUAUUUCAUUACCUGAUUCAAAUUCUGCCCCUUUGGUAACCAAUAUCGACUCUUCUAAAGUUUCCUUUGUUGCUAAUGUGGAGCUUUUGAGAACAUUUGAUAUAGCAAAAGUUACUGAUGUCAAUGGCACAAUCAUUUUGGUUUUGGAUAAGGAUUCUUUCAAAGAUCAAAAAUUAGAUGAUGUUUCCACUUAUAAAGAUUUUUUGAAAUUACCAAUAGAAUUUUUGAAGCAUAUUGCCUCUAAAAAUAUUAAAUUAGUUUUGGUGGACAAGGAAUUAAUUGGCGAUAGAGAACAGACUAAGGGCCGCACGUUGUCUUUUGUUUCUCAAAGUGUCUUUUGGAAAUAUGCCUACAACUUGGACGUUCAAAAUAGUGCUCGUCGUAUCUGGGGUUCAUCUGGUGCUGAUAUUGAACUAUUGGCUGCCGUUUUGGUUGAAACUAUUACUAAUGCUUUUGAAGUUGGUAUUAAAGAAGUUCCAACUGAUAUCUACAAAUCAUUUUCAGAAUUAGAAGAUCCAGAAGAACCCGCUUUAUUACAAGUUUUAGUUAAUGAAAACGCUUUCCAUCCAAAUUCAAAACAAGUCCCAGAAGAGAGAGAACCUAACGUUUUCAAAGUGUCCGAUAUUGCCAAGAAAUUAACUUUUAAAGAGGCUUAUGGUAUAAAAAAGGAAUUAAGACCGGAUUUACCUGUCAAAAACUUUGUUGUUAAAGUGAAGAAAAACAAAAGGGUUACACCAGAAUACUAUUCUAGAAAUAUUUUUGAAAUUGAAUUUGACAUUUCUGGUACUGGUUUGAAAUAUGACAUCGGUGAAGCUUUGGGUAUUCAUGCAAAGAAUAACGAGACGUUAGUCAGGGAUUUCUUACAAUAUUAUGGUUUGAAUGAAAAUGCUAUUGUUUCCGUUCCAAGUAAGGAAGACGUUAAUGCCAUUGAAUUAAGAACUGUUUUACAAACCUUUUCUGAAAAUUUGGAUAUUUUUGGCAAACCACCAAAGAGAUUUUAUGAAUCUUUGAUCGAUUUUGCUCAAGACAACAAAGAAAAGGCUGCAUUACAAAACUUGGUUUCUAGCAGCGGUGCCGCUGAGUUGAAGAGAUACCAAGAGGAAGAGUUUUACACCUAUGCUGAUAUUUUUAGAGUAUUUCCAAGUUGUAGACCAUCUUUGGCAGACUUGGUCAACAUCGUUGCUCCAUUGAAAAGAAGAGAGUAUUCCAUUGCUUCUUCUCAAAAGGUUCACCCCAAUGAAGUCCAUUUGUUAAUUGUAGUUGUCGAUUGGAUUGACAAACAGGGUAGAAAGAGAUAUGGUCAGGCUUCUAAAUACUUAUCUGACUUGCCUGUUGGAGCAGAAUUGGUUGUUAGUGUAAAACCAUCAGUCAUGAAAUUACCACCAUCCACUGAACAGCCAGUUAUUAUGAGCGGGCUUGGUACUGGUCUAGCUCCUUUCAAAGCAAUUGUUGAAGAGAAGUUGUGGCAAAAACAACAAGGCCAUACUAUUGGUCAAGUUUACCUUUAUUUGGGCGCAAGACACAAGAGAGAAGAGUACUUGUAUGGUGAAUUAUGGGAAGCUUAUAAGGAUGCUGGUAUUAUAACACAUAUCGGUGCUGCUUUUUCAAGAGAUCAACCACAAAAGAUUUAUAUCCAAGAUCGUAUUAAAGAAAAUUUGAAAGAAUUGAAAGUAGCCAUGAUGGAUAACAAGGGCUCUUUCUAUUUGUGUGGUCCAACUUGGCCAGUUCCUGAUAUUACUAAAGCUUUACAAGAUAUCAUUGAAGCUGAUGCCAAAGAAAAGGGAAUCACCGUUGAUUUAAACCAAGCUAUUGAGGAUUUAAAGGAGUCAUCUAGAUACAUUUUAGAAGUCUACUGA